AUGGCGGAAGAGUUCAAUGCUCUUCUCCAAAAUGGAACAUGGAGUCUAGUACCGCCACCUCCUCAGGCCAAUAUGGUGGGAAGCACCUGGAAGUUUCGAAUCAAGUAUCUGGCUGAUGGAAGUAUCGAUAGAUACAAAGCUCGUCUAGUUGCCCAAGGAUUUCGUCAACAACCAGGUAUAGAUUACCAUGAGACCCUCAGUCCUGUGGUUAAACCAUCUACCAUUCGCUUAGUCCUUUCUCUUACUCAUUCCUCAUCUUGGGAUAUUCGUCAAUUAGAUGUCAAAAUGCAUUCCUACAUGGUCACUUGCAGGAGGAAGCUCUUAGAGCGUGGUUCACUCGAUUCUACUCUUUCCUUCACUCCUUUCGGUUUGCCUCUAGUCCAGUUGACUCCUCACUCUUUAUUUAUCCAAAAAUACAUCUCAGAUGUUCUCACUAGGUUUGGACUUGCAUACUCAGCUGCAGUUAAGAUGCCAUUACCAUCUCGUAGUAACCUAUCAUUGACUGAUGGCGAGUUAUUGGGUGAUCCUACUGAAUAUAGGAGUAUGGUUGGUGCUCUACAGUCCUCUGACCUACAGAUCACAGCCUGCACGGAUGCCGAUUGGGCUAGUUGCCUGGACGCCAGACGAUCGACAACAGGCUAUGCAGUAUUUGUUGGACCAAAUCUCAUCUCCUAG